AUGGAUGAACUGAAGGAAAUUAGACUUGGUGGCAAUACUAUUGGUGUUGAAGCAGGUGAAGCUUUGGCUGGUGCCUUGAAAUCAAGAUCAACUCUCAAGAUAGCAGCACUUUCUGACAUCUUUACUGGUCGUCUUCUGAAUGAAAUUCCAUUGGCUUUAAAGGCAUUAUGUGAUGCUUUAGAACAAACUUCUUUAGAAGAACUGGAUCUUUCCGACAAUGCUUUUGGACCUGCAGGAGCUGAACCCUUGAUCGACUUUUUAUCCAACAGUAAGACGUUACGUAUAUUACGACUCAACAACAAUGGUUUGGGCAUUGGUGGUGGAACUAUGAUUGCAAAGGCAUUACAGGCAUCUGCUGAUAAGGCUCGUGCUGAAAACCGACCUUCUUCUUUACACACCAUUAUCUGUGGACGCAAUCGGUUGGAAGACGGUAGUAGUAAAGCUUUGGCUCAAGCAUUCGCUUCUCAUGGAACUUUACAAGUGGUACGUAUGCCUCAAAAUGGUAUUCGUCCUACUGGUAUCAAGACUAUUGUACAAGGAUUAUCAAAAUGUAGUGAUCUGUAUCAUUUGGAUUUACAAGACAAUACUUUUACCUCCAAGGGUAGUCAAGCUUUGGCAUCUGCUCUUACUCACUGGCCUAAACUCAAGGUAUUGAAUGUAGGUGAUUGUUUACUCGGCAAGUCUGGUGGCGUUGCUUUGGCUGAAGCUUUGGAACUUGGUAACAAUGUUGAAUUGACUCAUUUACAUUUGCAAUACAACGAAAUCUCUGCUGCUGCCGUUACUGUCCUUGCUGGUGCCAUUAAAACACAUCUCAAGGAACUGAUUCAUUUGGAACUAAAUGGAAAUCGAUUUGAUGCUGAUGAAGACGAAGCAAAGGCUAUUAUUGACGCUCUUGCUUACUGGGAUCAUGAAGAUGCUUUGGAUGAAUUGGAUGAUAUGGAAGAAUUGGAUAGCGAUGAAGAAGAGGAAGAGGAAGAAGAAGAAGAAGAAGAUGAAGAAGACGCUUUGGUUGAAAAGGCUGAAGAAGAAGAAGACAAGGAGCCCGUCAGCAAGGAAGAUGACAAGGCUAUGGAAAAUGAUCUGGUCAAUCAAUUGAAUAAAACUCAUAUCUAG